CGCUAAUCAGCAUCAAAUCGAUUUAGUAACUGCAAAAGCAAACCUCCACAUUUGUAAGAAGAAACCACUUAAAAAUGUACAAGUUCAUCCUUAUUGCCACCACCGCUGCCGCACUGGUUUGCGUUGCACAUGCCGGCAUUAGUCCCACCGCUCAUGCGGAGAUACUCAAGCAUGAUAGUCAGUUGAAUGUGGAUGGUAGCUAUAAAGUGGAUUACUCGACCUCGAAUGGUAUUGCCGUGCAGGAGGAUGGCUUCGGCGGUCAUCAUGCUAGCGGUGGUUUCUCGUAUUACUCGCCAGAGGGUGAACUCAUCCAACUUUCAUAUUUGGCCGAUGAAAAUGGUUUCAAGCCACAGGGAAAUCACUUGCCCACACCUCCACCAAUUCCUCCACAAAUCCUCAAAUCCUUGGAAUACAUUCGUCUGCAUCCAUAUGAUGAGGAAUCUGCCCACCGUCAACAUCAUCAACAGCAACAGCAACAACAACAGUAUCGUCCACAGCCACAAGCUCAUCCUCGUCAUCAACAAUUUCAACAUGUUGCAGCGUCCAGCCACCAAGUGAAAAGCUUGCAACGUCCCACUCAACGCAGACACUUUUAA